GGUGGGUCGGGGGGAGGCCUGAAGAAAUCAAACAUUACACGCAAGGUGGCGCCAAUUGCACUUUUAAUAAAUUCAAUUGAAGUUUCUCGUGAGACGAGUCACAGAAAAAAAAAGAAGCAAAAGCAUUUUAAAGAAAAAAAAUCUUCGGCAUUUUUUGGGGUUUUCCAUUUAAAAAAAAAUAAAAAUUGCGCGCCAAUUGUCCAAUCCGGAAGACGAAAGAACAGAAAGUAAUAUUCUCCAAUUUUGUGUGCAAUUUCCCUCGGGGCGGGGGCGUAAAAAAAUUAAUAAUAAGAAGAAGUAUCGACGGGAGGGUUCCGGUAGAUUGAUUCUUUGGUGAUUCUUUGAGUUGAUUGUGUUACUUUUCUGUGGCUGUGUAUUUGGUGUAUUUUUUCCUGUUUUUUUUUGGUGAUUUUGUACCUUCCGUGUCCUAAAAGGGGCACUCCGUACGUCGCAGGAACUGUCAAAAAAGACCCAAAAAAAGAAAAAGAAAAGUGUCAAAAAAAAGAUGUUGCAUCUUUGGGAGGGUACAAAAGGCAAAACAAUGUAAAUUUUCAAUGAUAUCAAAAAGGGGCUGAAACCUUUGACAAGUGCAUUUGAAAGAAAGAAAUUUUUAAAUAAAAACUGUACACAGUGGAUAAUAGCGGUAGAAAAAGUAAAUUAGGUCAAAGGCAGGUUGAUUCGCUGAGGCGUCGAAAUGCGUCACAAAGAGGAAAUACAUCCGGUGGAAGUUCCACUUCCCGAGUCACUCCGAUUCCAUGUGGACGAUUGGUUGUAGGUCAGUUGACGGUCAACGACGAUUCUCAGCGAAAAUCACGUAGGUGGCAGCAGCAGCGUCGUGGAAGAGGACGUGGAAGUGCCACAGAACCGCUGAUAAAUCGGCUUGUUCGUGAAUUUUCUGCUGAUACAGCAACAAUGGCUGAAACAAGUGGCGGUUGUAGCUCUGCAGAACCACUUCCUCCCGCCAAAACACCAACAACCAACAACAAUAACAACAACGAAGACAAGAAAACCGUUGUAAUUGGUGAUAGUCCACGUGGUGCUGUUCGUUUUGUGCGUAAAUCACUGGAAAAUACAGGAAAUUCAUUGGUAAAUCGGGCAUUUUAUGACAAUGAUACAACAGAAACGGAAUAUACAAGAAAUCUCGAUGAUAAUAUUGAGAUAUUGAGUCAAGAGGCCGAAAAUUUAGAGGCAAAAUUCAAAAAGACCGAAGAAAGACUCGUACAAUAUGGUCCAAUAUUUGAUCCAGAACGUUUUGUUGAGCAACAAACGAAGACUGAAGCGACAGAUGACAAGGAUUUAGGUGUUAAUAUAUCACCAUGUAAGAGAUUCUUCAAAUUAAAUGAAGAAAUCGGACGUGGAAGUUUUAAGACCGUUUUUCGUGGUUUUGAUGCACACAAUGGUGUUGAUGUUGCAUGGUGUGAAUUACUAGAUAAAAAGGUCAAUAAGGUCGAACGGCAACGUUUCAAAGAAGAAGCUGAUAUGCUCAAAAAUCUCCAACAUCCAAAUAUAGUGCGAUUUUACAAUUGUUGGGAAGAAACGGUGGGAAAACGGAAAAAUAUCGUUCUUGUAACGGAACUUAUGCUAUCUGGUACCCUUAAAGCCUACCUAAGACGCUUCAAGAAGAUCAAUCCGAAAGUCCUUAAAUCGUGGUGUAGACAAAUUCUCAAAGGACUAUCCUUUCUGCAUUCAAGGACACCACCAAUUAUUCAUCGGGAUCUAAAGUGUGAUAAUAUCUUCAUAACUGGUACAACUGGAAGUGUUAAGAUUGGUGAUUUGGGUUUGGCAACCCUAAAAAAUCGGAGUUUUGCCAAAAGUGUCAUUGGUACGCCUGAAUUUAUGGCACCAGAAAUGUACGAGGAGCACUACGAUGAAGGUGUCGAUGUUUAUGCCUUUGGAAUGUGUAUGCUGGAGAUGUCAACAAGUGAAUAUCCUUACAGUGAAUGCAGUGGUCCGGCUCAAAUCUACAAAAAGGUCACAUCAGGCAUCAAACCAGCUAGUUUGGAAAAAGUUGAAAAUCCUGAAGUACGUGAGAUCAUUGAGAGUUGUAUUCAGGUGAAGAAGGAAGAACGACCAAGUUGCAAAGAUUUGCUAAAUAGUGAAUUUUUUGGUCAAGAUAUUGGUAUACGAUUGGAACCGACACAGAAGGAUAUUUUUCUGACAAAUCCCGAUACAACACGAAUUGAUUUUCGUUUACGUGUGAUAAAUCCAAAGAAAAGACCAGCAAAGUAUAAAGAAAAUGAAGCUGUACAGUUUUUUGUUGACUAUACACAGGAUGAUUUUGAUGAAUUGGCAAUGGAAAUGGCUCGAUUGAAUCAUAUUUUGGAUGAGGAUAUACGUGAAGUGGCUAAAUUACUUAAGAUUCAGGUGAAUGCAUUGGUGACAGAGAGGAAAAAGUUGCAGUUGAAGGAGGAAUUUGUGGCCGCUGCAAAAGCUGGAAAGGCUGAACAAGAUGGAGGAGGAGAUGUUCCGGAGAAGAUUCAGCAACAGCAGCAACAGCAGCAGUCACAGGAAAAGAUCAAUCGACAGGGAUCGAGUUGCAGUAAACAGGGUGGAAAGGGUCGAAGAACCAAUAAAUCAAGUGAACGUCCUAAACUUCAAGUGACAGAAGUUGUCAAUGGUACUGUUCACUGUGUCCUGGAGAAUCGACUCAAUACAAUUACCUUCAAAUUUGACAUUUCUGACAUGAACCCGGAGGAGAUUGCAAAUAAUUUGAUGUCCCAGCAACUUUUGAUGGAAAAUCAAUAUGCGUAUUUUAUGGAAUUAAUACGGGAUGUUGUACGCCAAUUGAAGAGUAAUCCAAAUCAACUGCCACAGCCAAUUCAACCACGUCGAAAUAUGGAUAAGGUUCGACAUGCGUCACUAACGCGUCAACGGCCAACAUUUAAACUUCACCAUCGACAUAGAUCUCGCGACGAAAUGUCAAGUAGCAGCUCGUUGACACAAAUGUUCGAUCCUCAGAUUAUAAGUCAUGAACCACUGGCAGGUAAUUUCUUUGGAGCCCACGAUGACAGAGGUGGCGCCACUGGUAGUGAUGAAAGUGUUGGGAGUGGGGAGAUGGAACAGAGACGCGAUGGUGAUGAUGGGAUUUCGAGGAAGACGAGUACAGCUUCGGAAUGUACGAUAUCAUCAUCGGAAUAUACACCAGAAAAUACCGUUAUGGGUGAAAUGGAUGAAGAAAAGGCCAGUGGCCAACAGAUGGUGCGCAAAGUGUCCAGAUUUACAGUGACUCCACUUGAAGUAGCAUCAUCGGAUGAUGUUGAUGAUAGUACUGCAGCUGCAGUUGCACCAGAUGCACCAAUUCCAGCCAAACCCGUUGGUCCAGAGCACAUAAAUACCCUGGAACAGCUUAAGAUAGAACUUGAGAAUAUAACUCAUGCCCAUGUUCCGGCCAUUGUUAAGAAUAAUCGCGAUGUAACUGGUCAGGCAACACCAAAUAUUUCCGGAGGACGCGAUGGAGAGGGUGAAAUGUGUCAAUCACCAAUAACAGAUGCCAUCUAUUUGCCAUGUGAUCCACUCGCGGCUCAGAAUGACUCCAAAGAUCAAUCAAGUGGUACACCUCUUGCAUCUCCCAUUGAUGAUACUGCUGUCCUCAAGGAAUUGACAAAGGCAGAAGUGGCAGAAAUUGAUGAUGAAACGGUUAAUGGUGCAUUGGCCAUAAUUGGCGAUGGUGCAGUUCGCAAAGUGUCACGUUUUCAGGUGUCAACGGUGAAGGAGAUGACCAAAAUGGCAGCAGGAGAUAUAAAUCAGCAUUUAAAUUCAGUGAAUGGAUGUGUCUCUAAUCCAUCAACGACAAUUGCCAUUGUCAAUCUCAAUCAGACGAUUAAUUUGGUGUCGUCAGCAUUGGAGGAGCAACCACUAAAUGCCGCCAUUUUGGCCCAAAUCACAGGAGAUACGGAAUUAAAGAGGAAUCUCGAUGUAGCUAAAUCUCGACUGACCCAGAUGCAUUUGGAACCAAAAUCUCGUCAACAACUGCAAUUGUUGCUAUCACGACAGCAUCUUGAGGAAGAAGAACUCAGACUUCGCCAUUUUAUGGAAUUGGAAAAAUUUCAAAAGAGCGUUGCUGGACAAAUGGACCAGGAAUGUAUAAUGCAACAGUAGCAAAUUGUAUCAAGUGGAAAUUUUUGACUUUAGAGAAAUUCGUGAUGGCAUCAAGACUUAGCUAACUUAAUUAUUAUUUCUGCAUUUUUUUAUUUGAUUUUUGUGAAGAAAUGUGUAUAGACAUGGGAAAUAAAGAGAUCGAGAGAGAUA